AUUGCAUACUCAUAUUAAACGUAUUAUUAGCAACCAUCAACUACAUACAUUUAUUUUGUGACAUUAUAAUAUAAUGUCUUCAACAACAAAACUAGCAGUCCCUAAUGUUGUCCUACAAUCUUCAUUCAGCAUGCCGGUGAUCGGCUUCGGAACUGCUUCCGAAACAAACGAUGGUGACACCGUCAAAGCGGCAGCCCUUGAGGCCAUCAAGCUCGGUUACAGGCACUUUGACACUGCUUCUUGUUAUGGGUCCGAGCAGGCUCUGGGAGAAGCCAUUGCUGAAGCUCUUAAACUUGGUCUCAUAAACUCUAGGGAUGAACUUUUUAUUACUUCCAAGUUAUGGUUAUCUGAUAAUCAUCCUCACCUUGUUCUCCCUGCUCUACAAAAAUCACUUCAGAAUCUUGGAUUAGAAUAUUUGGACCUUUACUUAGUCCACUGCCCAAUGAGUGCAAAGCCUGAAAUAAGGAAAUUCUCUUAUAAAGAAGAUGAAUUGGUGCCAUUUGACUUGAAGGGCGUCUGGGCUUCAAUGGAGCAAUGCCACAACUUAGGCCUCACAAAAUUAAUUGGAGUUAGCAACUUCUCUACCAAAAAACUUCAAGAUCUUCUUUCUUUUGCUACUAUUCCUCCCGCGGUUAAUCAAGUGGAGUUGAAUCUUUCGUGGCAGCAAAGGAAUCUAAGAGAAUAUUGCAAAGCUAAGGAUAUUAUGGUAACUGCAUAUUCUCCUUUGGGUGCCAACGGAACCAGCUGGGGUAGUAAUGAUGUUAUGGACAGUGAAGUGCUCAAGCACAUUGCACAUGUUCAUGGAAAAACUAUUGCUCAGGUAAGUCUUAGAUGGUUGUAUGAACAAGGUGUGACUUUCGCCGUGAAGAGCUACAACAAAGAGAGAAUGAAACAAAAUUUAGAAAUAUUUGAUUUUUCACUUAUAAAUGAUGAUUACCAAAAGAUUAAUCAAAUCAAACAGGAGCGCAAAGUGAAGAACGGUCCAGCUGGAUUCGAUGUUGCUGAUCUUCUAUGGGAUGGAGAAAAUUAGAUACUACACUCAUUCAUGUUUUGUGUUGUGUGUUAAUAGAAGGAUUAAUAAUCUUCAAAAUAAAAGGAUUUAUUCUCAAGAAAAGCAAUGAUACUUA